CUGUUUCCGGUAGCAAAAUAUAACCGCCAUAAUUUUGUGUUUUUACUUUGCUAAGAUUACAGUAAGGUAAUUGCAAAAACUACACGUAUUAUAUUAAAUAUUUUAGCUAAUAUUUUAAAGUUGGAACUUUUCAGACGCAGACGUAUUUUAUUGCGUGUUUGCCUCGAUUUAUGCGGUUAAUUCACACUUUUCUUAUCCAUAAAUUGUAAUAGUUUGCUCCAGUCGUGGUGAUGUGUUCCGUUCGUCUCUCAGUAUCUCAGUGGAGGAAACAGGAAGGAUGUUUACUUAAAGUGGAGACGAGCCCAGUAAAACCACAAUGAUGCCUAGACCCCUCCAGGGCAGGAUCGUUCCAUGGAUAGAGAGACUGGUCCAGGGCUUCGGCGUGGCAGAGGGCACCGACAGCAGCACCGUGGGCCGACUGAAGGCUCAUGUCAUCGGUGUGGGUCAGAUGUCCCAGUCCCAGGCUCAGGCUCAGGGCACCGAAGGCCCCACAGGACUGCUGUUCCUGUCAGAUGGGGUGGUCCAGAUCCCUGCCGUUCUCACAGCGUCAGCCUGGGACCAUCUUCAGGACCAGGAGGAUCGUGAGUGCUUCACCAGCCUGGUCAACACCACAGUGUAUAUUCAGGACUACCAGCUCCAGUUCCACAUGGCCCCAGAACAGACCAAGUCCCGGUUCUACUUGUUGAUAGGUAAACUGGCCACCACCUCAGCUGGCCCUAUUAGAACUAACACCCCCUGCUGCACGAGCCUUCAGUCAGUCAGGAUGAAGAUCUGUAAGACGUGGAGAUCCCUGCUGGGUCAGGAGGACUCACAGGGGAGCCAGUGUGGGUUCGAUCUGUCGGAUCUUCUGGGCGAGUGGCAGCACGACUGUCUGCUGACCAUCCUGGACGAUGUUCGGGAGAAGCUGAUGGCGACGAGGAGGAGGAGCCUUCAACCUGGCACUUCGACGUCCGACCCGUCAGUUGGUGUUGCAGCUACACGCUGGGACCUGGAUCGGGUCAGGUACAAGGGACUAAAACCUUUCACUGUUCCUGUGAAGCAGCUUCUCAUCCCAGAAAACCUUCAAGUGCAGAACAGGCAGCUACAGGAUGACGAUGGGGUACAGAUGGAGUUAUCAGAGAACAGAAACGCAUACAAACAGUCAGAGAGUUCCACACCUUCUGUUGAUGAAGCUGAGUGGUGUAUAUCUGUCCCAGGACUUCUAGACUUAAAUAAACAGACAGAUGACGGCGUUCCUGAGGAGGAGAAUAUGCUAGAUGAAGAUAUAUUCGUAAGGAUGUUAGACAGUGAUGUCAGACCUUCAGACAAUCCGUGGGACAUGUUUCCCCGUCCAUGUGACACCUCCUCAUCCUCUGAAACUUCCCCACCACUAACACAGAUUUCCCAGACCAGCCACCACACACACACAGUCUUCACCAGCACCCAACUUCCUGUCCACGCCUCAGAGGAAUCCCAGCAACCGUCGCUAAGCAAAACAGAACACAGCUUCUUCCCACCGUAUCAGAAACUACCUCCAUCUCCGAGUAACUCCGCCUACCCCAGCUCCUCCUCUUCAUCAGCACCAGGUCUGACAGAACCAUCAAACCCACCCAUUUUGGUCCAAGAAAGCAAGACUCAGGAAAAAACAGACGCGGAAAACACCGAUGGGAGUAAAUGUAGGAAAGCGAAGAGAAAAAGAUGUGAUUUAAAUCCAGAGAUGUUGAGCACUGUGGUGGAGGAAGAACAUGAGGAAGCUGUGAUCAACACCAGCCCUCCGUCAUGGCUCUUCGAAUCUCAGGUCGGAUCAGAAGAGGGCGGAGCUUAUUGUCAGGGUCAAACCAUUAAAAAACAGACUCCGACCGUGCACAGUGAUGGCCGACCCUUCUCCUACUCAUACCAGAUGUCUGGAGACAACCUGCUGGACUUCAGCCGGUUCAGGGUGGCAGAAUCGUUGCUGCACUGGGCUGUGAAGUAUCUUGUCGUUCCAAAAAAUGCAGAUUAUUCAUGUAACCCGUCAGUGCCUGCAGGUUCUGGUGGAACUGAGGUCUCUUCAGCGUAGAAAUCAACCUGGAGUAGACUUUUUAAGAUCUCACCGGCCAGAAAAUAUACAAUCUUUGUCCUAAAACUGUUGAAAGGGACAUGUAAGUCAAAGAAAUAAAUAUCUAAAUAAAAUAAAUAUGGAUCACUGAAUAGC